AUGAUUGAGCACCUGACUGGCUACCGGGCACGGGCCAUUUUUCCCGGGACCGAGGCCACCCCCCGGGCUGCUUUCUUCGUUGCUCCUGUCGGGCGCCCAAUCGUAAGAGCUUCCGGCGCGUUGCCGCGGUACCGGAACGUAGGGCGAGACGCUUUCCUGGAAGAUAAGGAAGAAGAAUUCUCCAUUUGGUUAGCCACUACUGGCCCCUUGGCUACCAUGCAGAUGGAUCCUGAGCUAGCCAAGCUCCUCUUUUUUGAAGGGGCCACUGUGGUCAUCCUGAAUAUGCCCAAAGGAACAGAGUUUGGCAUUGAUUACAACUCCUGGGAGGUGGGACCCAAGUUCCGGGGUGUGAAGAUGAUCCCUCCGGGCAUCCACUUCCUCCACUACAGCUCUGUGGACAAGGCCAAUCCCAGGGUGGUGGGCCCUCGUACGGGCUUCUUCCUUAGCCUGCAGCAGCGGGGGCUGACAGUCCUGCACUGGAAUGCAGUCCAAGAAGAGAUAGACCUGUCCCCAGUCCCAGAAUCUGAGGUGGAAGCCAUGAGAGCCAAUCUCCAGGAGCUGGACCAGUUCCUGGGACCUUACCCAUAUGCCACACUUAAGAAGUGGAUCUCACUCACCAACUUCAUCAGUGAGGCCACAGUGGAGAGGCUACAGCCCGAGAGCCGGCAGAUCUGUGCCUUCUCAGAUGUACUACCUGUGCUCUCCAUGAAGCACACCAAGGACCGGGCAGGGCAGAAUCUACCCCGCUGUGGCACUGAGUGCAAAAGUUACCAAGAGGGCCUGGCCCGGCUGCCUGAGAUGAAGCCCAGAGCUGGAACAGAGAUCCGCUUUUCAGAACUGCCUACACAGAUGUUCCCAGCAGGUGCCACACCUGCAGAGAUAACCAGGCACAGCAUGGACCUGAGCUAUGCCCUGGAGACUGUGCUCAGCAAGCAGUUCCCCAGCAACCCUCAGGAUGUGCUUGGUGAACUCCAGUUUGCCUUUGUAUGCUUCCUGCUGGGGAACGUAUACGAGGCAUUUGAACACUGGAAGCGGCUCCUGAACCUCCUGUGCCGGUCAGAAGCAGCCAUGGUGAAGCACCACACCCUCUAUAGCAACCUCAUCUCCCUCCUGUACCACCAGCUUGGUGAGAUCCCUGCUGAUUUCUUUGUAGACAUUGUUUCCCAAAACAACUUCCUCACUAGCACCUUACAGGUUUUCUUUUCCUCUGCCUGCAGCUUUGCCGUGGAUGCCACCCUGAGGAAGAAAGCUGAAAAAUUUCAAGCUCACCUAACCAAGAAGUUCCGGUGGGACUUUGCUGCGGAGCCUGAGGACUGUGCUCCAGUGGUGGUGGAGCUCCCUGAGGGCAUCGAGACUGGCUAACUCUGGAAUACUCUCAGGCGUGAGAGGCCCCUUCCCAAAUGCAUCCCUGGCCCUCCAUUUUCUCCUUCCUAUCCUGGGACCUUCCAGGGAAGCAGUCUCACUAGGCUCUGUGAAACUGGAGCCAGGAUUCCCUCCACCAAUAAAUAAGUUUCUUCAUUGCCAAAGAGGCUGUUCCAUCCUGAAGGCACAUUUGUGAGUUCCCCGUCAGCCUUGCUAACCUGACUGAAUUUCAGAUGGGCUCUUCCAGAAGGAACAGCAACCAACUUCCUUCUGGAUGAGAAUUUGAAUCAGAAGUUUAAGAAAACUGAUUGCUUAUUCCAUAGGAUAGUUUGAAAACUGGGCUGCCCUGGGGGGUUGAGAUUCAGUCGGAGACUUCUUCGAAGUAAAAUGGAGGGUAAUGGAAUUAGCCAGAAUUUCUGCCUGCCCCUGUGUAAUGGGGGUUCAUCAUAGAAAACCUGGGCCUGUGACUUCUCCAGGGACCCACUUUGGGAAGAGGGUAAUAAGGACGGUUAGAUUCAGUCUUGCAAGUGGUCAGCUUUAGCUUUUUCCAUUUAAAUCUCAUUCUGUCCAGAGACCCCAGUGGGUAAUCUCCCAAGAUUGGUGUGACCCUUGGCCUCAGGGCCCUUGCUAGUGCUGUCAUCUUCUACCUGUUUCAUUCUGAGGCCUCAGGCCCAUAAGUGGAACUUGGCAAUCCUCCUAUAUAGCCUUCCUAACCAGAGGCACCAUGACUAUUUCUGAUGACUUGGAGAGUCAACAGCAGAAGGAAAGAGUCUUGGCCCUGUUGAAGUUUUGUGCCUUUUCUUUCGAGCACUGGAGAUGACCUGGUCAGUCUAAAUCCUCCCAGCCUGCAGUGGAGCUGUCAGUCAUCAGAGAAAUGGCGCUGGUUUCCUGGGAGUCCUGAGGGCAUGCCCAUCAUGCUGUGUGGGCAAAGUUCUGUCUCUAGGCAGGUACACAGGCCUUGCCUCCCACACCUCAAACUGUUGUACUAUGAUCAGAGCCCCCGUGCUAUCCUUUUCCAAGGCUGGGGCUUACACCAGGUUUUUGAACGAGAAUCUGGCUAAACUUGGUUCCACUUAUUUCUUUGGAGAUGUUUUUCCAAGACCAUAAUGUACAUUAAAGUCUUUGUGUUAAA